UUUCCAGUAAAUUCUGUUCUCAUGACGUGCCGUCCAGCACUUCCCACUAGGGAAUGUUUUCAGAAAUAACUGUGACGUUUCCUUGGUCUCCACUCCCUCAUUACCCUGGCAACAAACAUUCUGUCUGUCCCUACGUCACUAGUCCCAUGACAGAAACUGCCAGAGCUUUCAUAAUAAAUGCAAAAACCACGCCCUGCUGCACUCUGAUUGGUCAGGAUGACUUGUUUACUCCGACCAGAACUAUCUAAAGGCCCCUCUUCUCGAACAGUCUCACUAUUUUUCUCACAGCCACAGACUAAAGAUUAUAUUGUAUAGUGCACCAAUGCUGAAGCAUGGCCUGGACAUCUAACUUCUCUCUAGAGGAUACACACAAAAUGCUAUUUGUUCUGAGUGACCCAACUCAAGGCAGAAGAAAGGAAUUUCAACUGGAUACAGCCAAAGCCGAAUUCUACAGACGUAUUCGGGACCACUUGGCCCAGGAAACUUCUACUCAUUUCUGCUGGAGCGCCCUCGUAACUGACUGACACCUACACUGCCACAGCAGAUCAACUUUGAGUAUGGAUCUGCACUACCUAACUAUUGGAUUGUCCAUGAGUAACCUUACAACCCCUUUCUUCGACUGGCAUAAGGGAACUGCAUUGGAGUUGGACAUGUUUAGAGCUAAGCCCAAGAUGCAAGCCAUUGAUACAGAAAUGGGCACAGAUAUGGUCAUCUUCACAAUGGCUGCCAGAACCACACAAACGUUGGUUUCACUGGCCAAAACGGUCAAACCCCAACUGCACUGGAAAUGGACUUCAGUUAACUGGAUAGGAAGAGCAGUGAGAGCAGUGAUGUCAAUAUGUCGGAAUGUGCUUGGAUCUCUGGUAGGAAUGGGCAGCUCAGUCUCAAUGAGAUUCUACUGGAAGGAUCUAAUGGAAUCACCUGCACAAAACCCUACUGCACGAGAGGAGAAAAUGUUGAGUCCCACAUCUGUGAUGAUGCCGAUUCAGGACAUGGAGCUUAUGACUAUGGACUGGAGUUUUGAUGGUCAUGGCUCCAUGGAAAGGAUGCCCAACAAAGAAGCAAUCGAGUCCUCCUGUACAAACCCAAGACUAUUAUCUAUGGUGUAUUUGCCAUCGGAUGAUGAUGAUGAUGAUGCUUCAAGCACAUCAGAAGCAUCAGAUCUAAAUGAGUUGGAAGAAGAUGAUAAACUAUGGAUGGAUGAGAAAGAAUCCUGUUGUACUGAAAAUAAUAAAGUAGUAGACAGUAGCCAAACUCCUGGCUCUACAGUCAACACUGAGGAGAGUGAUUGGUCCGACGAGGACUCAUGGGACUCUGACGCUGAGGCAGAAAGCAGCAAAUUGGAUAAAGACCUGUGGGCAUCUUUCUGCCAAAAUGAUGAUCCAUACAAUCCUCUCUGCUUUGCCAUGCCCACAAAGAGCCCAAAGAAAACCCAUGAACCAAAGAAGGAUAUUGCUGGUUACAGUGUUAAUUACCCAGUGUUACUAGGGGAGUCUGGAGAAGAGGACUUUAAAAACCACACUCCAAGUCACAGAGAAACACUUUGUAAUAAGCUGUCAUCACACAGCCAAGUACCGCUGGAUCAACUAAAUGAAGAAUUGGUUGAGCCUUUUAAUAAAACCCAGAAACAGAAAAGAAGCCAUAUUAAGCGUGUACGUUUCUCACCCACAGUCAAGGUGCAUCACAUGGUGGCUUGGAGCUAUGCCUAUAGAACGGCCCGCAAAGGACCAUGGGAGGAAUACGCAAGAGAUCGCUGCCGUUUCCAGAGGCGCAUUGCUGAGACAGAAGCUGCCAUUGGAUUCUGCUUGGACCCCCAGCACAGAGAAAAAAUCCGGGCUCUUCUCCACAAAAGCAAUAAUAUGUAGGGGCAGCUGUAUUUGGUCACUGCAAUCAGGGGUCCUGGCAAUCUACCCUUAAUAGUGUUUGUCCAAUGGGGAGAACGACAACCAUUGAAGACUAUUUACUUUGCCGCUGCACUUUUAUUAUUGAUACAUCUGUAUUAAAGGACAUCAAGCCCCCCCCCCUGGAAUUGUAGUGGAACCACAUCUGGAAGGCGGCAGGUUUCAAUCUGACACUGUUGAAAUUUGAAAUGUCUAUUCCUAAUAAUUCAGUUAGCAUGCUUACGGUAAUUUAGCCAUUUGAUAUACGGAUAUGGGAUCUGUUAUCUGGAAACUCAUUAUCAAGAAAGCUCCAAAUUACGAGAAGGCCAUCUCCCACAGACAGGGCUGGAUUUACAGA